GGGCAGACUGAGAGCCUGGUAGGACUUAUCCUGCCCAGCUCGUGUCUUCCUCUGUAUGCGACUUUGAGGCUGUCAGAGCCUUUUUUGCUUCUUUUGGUUCUUUUGUUUUUGUUUUGUUUUGUUUUGGUUUGGUUUGGUUUGUUUUGGUUUGAUUUGGUUUGGUUUUGCUCCUGCAAGUUUUCUUUCCUGGAGCUUUCCGCAGGUGGGCAACUAGCUGCGGCGACUACUGACUGCAUCAUCACAGCCUGUUGAACUCUUCUGAGCAAGAAAAGAGGAGACAGACAGGGCAAGGAAAUUGGAUCAAAGAUUCAGCCAAGCUCAAGGAUGGAGGUGCAGUUAGGGCUGGGGAGGGUCUAUCCCCGGCCACCGUCCAAGACCUUUAGAGGAGCUUUCCAGAAUUUGUUCCAGAGUGUGCGCGAAGUGAUCCAGACCCCGGGUCCCCGGCACCCUGAAGCCCAUAAUGCAGCCGCUCGCGGAGCCCAUUUGCUGCUGCAGCAGCAGCAGACCAGCCCCCAGCAACCGCAGCAUGGUGAGAAUGGCUCUCCCCGAGCUCACCCCAGAGGCCCCACAAGAUACUUGGCCCUGGAGGAGGAACAGCAGUCUUUACAACAGCAAUCAACCCCCGAGGGCCACUCAGAGAGGGGCUGCCUCUCAGAGCCUGGAACCUCUGUGCCCUCCAGUAAGGGGUUGCCGCGGCAGCCGCAAGCACCUCCGGACGAGGAUGACUCAGCUGCCCCAUCCACGUUGUCCUUGCUGGGGCCCACUUUCUCCAGUUUAAGCAGCUGCUCCGCCGACCUUAAAGACAUCCUGAGCGAAGCCGGCACCAUGCAACUCCUUCAGCAGCAGCAGCAGCAGCAGCCGCCGCCGCCGCAGUCGCAGCAACAGCAGCCGCAACAGCAGCUGGAAGUGGCCUCCGAAAGCAGCAGCAGCCGGCGAGCAAGAGAGGCGGUUGGGGCUUCCACUUCUUCCAAGGACAGUUACCUAGGGGUCAAUUCGACCAUAUCUGACAGCGCCAAGGAGUUGUGUAGGGCAGUGUCUGUGUCCAUGGGCUUAGGUGUGGAGGCGUUGGAGCAUCUCAGUCCUGUGGAACAGCUUCGAGGAGACUGCAUGUAUGCACCGCUCCUGGGAGGUCCACCUGCUGUGCGACCCACUCACUGUGCCCCCCUGGUAGAAUGCAAAGGCUCUGUGCUGGACGACAGCCCAAGCAAGGGCUCUGAAGAGACUGUUGAAUAUUCUUUCAAGGAAGGUUACACCAAAGGACCUGAGGGAGAAAGCCUGGUCUGCUCUAGCAGCAGCGAAGUGGGGAGCUCUGGGACCCUUGAACUGCCCUCCACUCUUUCGCUCUACAAGUCCGGAGCACUGGACGAGGCAGCAGCAUACCAGAGUCGCGACUACUACAACUUUCCACUGGCCCUAGCAGGGCCUCCACCACCUCCACCGCCUUCCCAUCCUCACGCCCGCAUCAAGCUGGAGAACCCGCUGGACUAUGGCAGCGCUUGGGCUGCCGCGGCAGCACAAUGCCGAUAUGGAGACCUGGCAAGCCUGCAUGGUGCGGGUGCCGCAGGACCUAGCUCCGGGUCGCCCUCAGCCGCUGCCUCAUCUUCCUGGCACACUCUUUUCACAGCCGAAGAAGGCCAGUUGUAUGGAUCGUGUGGAGGGGGUGGCGGUGGCAGCGCAGGCGAGGCAGGGGCUGUAGCCCCCUAUGGCUAUGCUCGGCCACCUCAGGGGCUGGCGGGCCAGGAAGGCGAUUUCCCGCCACCCGAUAUGUGGUACCCUGGUGGUGUGGCCAGUAGAAUACCCUAUCCCAGUUCCAGUUGUGUCAAAAGCGAGAUGGGACCCUGGAUGGAGAGUUACUCCGGACCUUAUGGAGACAUGCGUUUGGAGAAUGCCAGGGACCAUGUUUUGCCCAUCGACUAUUACUUUCCACCCCAGAAGACCUGCCUGAUCUGUGGGGAUGAAGCUUCUGGGUGUCACUAUGGAGCUCUCACUUGUGGCAGCUGCAAGGUCUUCUUCAAAAGAGCAGCUGAAGGAAAACAGAAGUACCUGUGUGCCAGUAGAAAUGAUUGCACCAUUGAUAAAUUCAGAAGGAAAAAUUGUCCAUCUUGUCGUCUUAGGAAAUGUUACGAAGCAGGGAUGACUCUGGGAGCCCGUAAGCUGAAGAAACUUGGCAAUUUAAAACUACAGGAAGAAGGAGAAGCAUCCAGCGCCAGCAGCCCCACUGAGGAGCCAUCCCAGAAGAUGACAGUAUCACACAUGGAAGGCUAUGAGUGUCAGCCCAUCUUCCUGAAUGUCUUAGAAGCCAUUGAGCCAGGUGUGGUGUGUGCCGGACAUGACAACAACCAACCUGACUCCUUUGCAGCCUUGUUGUCCAGCCUCAACGAACUAGGAGAGAGACAGCUUGUACAUGUGGUCAAGUGGGCCAAAGCCUUGCCUGGCUUCCGCAACUUGCAUGUGGAUGACCAGAUGGCAGUCAUUCAGUACUCUUGGAUGGGACUCAUGGUGUUUGCCAUGGGCUGGCGGUCCUUCACCAAUGUGAACUCCAGAAUGCUCUAUUUUGCACCUGACCUGGUUUUCAAUGAGUACCGCAUGCACAAGUCCCGGAUGUACAGCCAGUGUGUCAGAAUGAGGCAUCUCUCUCAAGAGUUUGGAUGGCUCCAAAUCACACCCCAGGAAUUCCUGUGCAUGAAAGCACUGCUACUCUUCAGCAUUAUUCCAGUGGAUGGGCUGAAAAAUCAAAAAUUCUUUGAUGAACUUCGAAUGAACUACAUCAAGGAACUCGAUCGUAUCAUUGCAUGCAAAAGAAAAAAUCCCACAUCCUGCUCAAGGCGCUUCUACCAGCUCACAAAGCUCCUGGACUCUGUGCAGCCUAUUGCAAGAGAGCUGCAUCAGUUCACUUUUGACCUGCUAAUCAAGUCCCAUAUGGUGAGCGUGGACUUUCCGGAAAUGAUGGCAGAGAUCAUCUCUGUGCAAGUGCCCAAGAUCCUUUCUGGGAAAGUCAAGCCUAUCUAUUUCCACACACAGUGAAGCUUUGGGAGUCCCCAUUUCCCUGGCCUACCCUAUCCCUUUUCAGAUGUCUUUUGCCUGUUAUAAAUCUGCACUACUUCUCUGCAGUGCCUUGGGGAGUUUCCUCUAUUGAUGUACAGUCUGUCAUGAACAUGUUCCUGAGUUCUAUUUGCUGGGCUUUUUCUCUUUUCCUCUUUUCUUUUUCUUCUACCCUUUCUAACUUCCCUCCCUAACUCACCUUCAGAUUCUGUUCCCUGUUGUGGCUCCUAUCUGUAUUUUGAGUGGUGGUGUAUUUCUUUAAAUCUGUGAUGAUCCUCAUGUGGCCUAGUGUCAAGUCAUGCUUGUUUACAGCACUCCUCUGUGUGACAGCCACACUAACAUUUACUUACCUUAUGUCACUGGAAGUUGAGAGAGCUAAAAGUAUCCAGGAAAAACAAAAUCAAAAAACAAGAAACAACAACCAAAAAUGUCAAGAAUAAACAAAUAAAUAAAUAAAUGGCAAAUAGAAAUCCUCAAAUAAGCCAACAGUAACUAGAAGGAAGUGAAAAUUGCAGGCCCAUGAGGAGUCAUUUUUUGUUCGCCCCUUCCUUCCUGGAAUACUUUAUUUUUGCAAAGUCUAUUGCUAUGAGACGACUGGGUGACCCCAGAUCUGAGGUGGGGAGACUGAAAGAGGAGACCAGGAAGGCAGAUGGAUCACCAGUACUUGCCCUCAGGCUUGGCUCCUGAGGGCUACACUGCUCAACUAUAGAGCAAUUUACUGUAUUGAAAAUGUGUCUCUUAUUUGAAAAUUUGCAUGUGAAUGCCUCCACCCUCAAGACCUUUCUCAAUCUCUGCCUCCAUCCUUGGAUUGACUUUCAAUGGCCAUUUCUACAAGAAUCAGAUCAGGGAGACAAAGGAGAGGAGAGAUCUGGCACUUUGGGAGAUUCCACUCAGCUCUAAUCUAGUUUCCAAGGUGUGAUCCAGGGAAGAGCUUGGAGCUAGAGUCAGAGGAGAAGGAGGUGAUGACUUGGUUUUUCUCCUACUUAGGACACUGAAUAGUAGAUUUAUCAGUACCACCACCUUUUGCUCGCCUUUAAAAGACCUAUAUACUCCAUGUGGCCAUAAGCUUCUUCCACACCCUUCAGUGUUUUGUGGGCCACAUUACAUUUCAGACAUGAUGAUACAGCUUGUUCACUUCUAUGAGCAUGUUCAAAAACUCUCUGAUAAAAUUCUUCCUACUAUGCAGGCUAGCAGGCCAGUAAUCCUGACAUCUAGUUCUAGAUUCUAAUAGUCUCAAAGCUUUUUUUUUUUUUUUUUUUUUUUUUUUACCAAAUGUGUCUAAUCAAUAGUCAGAUCGCUGGAGCCCUUAGACAAACUCAGAAGAAGGCAUCAAAUAGAUUAGAAAAACCAGGCAUAUGGCCUUUGUCCCCAGAGAGGACACCCUCUCAUCAAGUGGAUAAAUUCCCACUCCUUCUCCACAGAAGCUAAAGCAGCUACCCAGAUUAGGAUGAAAGAAAAAACUAAGUAACCAGGAUUGGAAGAAUGAUGACCCUAGAACCAGAAACCCUAAAAUGCUGUCCUUGGCCAUUCAGCAUAUCUACUCACAGAAGUCAGGAGAAGAACGAAAGAUCCAAGAGAAGACCCAUCUAACUAUUGUCUUCAAAGGCAAAUCCUAAAGCCAGAUGGGCAUCAACUGGCUAGAUGGGUACUAGUUUACUCAUCCUCCUCCUCUGCUACUGAUUCUGGGCUCUAACACUGACCAUUCUCACUUAGAUUUUCCAUGAUUGUUGUUGCCUAUUAGAGGAGAGCUGGACCACUGAGACUUUUCACAGAACCAUGGCUUCCUUUGGAAAUGUCUGGCGGGUGUGAUUGUGACUCUGUCAACCAUAGACUCAGAGUAUGCCUCUGGGUCACUGAUUUCAUAUAGUCCGUUGGCAUACCUCUGUUCCGUUGAUUUUGUUCCAACACCAGGUGCAGGGCAGAAUCUUCAUGUACUUCCUGAUCUUGGCCACUGCCUCCUCCCUUAGUUCUUAACUUCAUCUAUUAAACUCAAGAAAUCAUGGGUCAGUCACCAAGCUGCCCGUUUCAGCUGGUUUACUCUGCUUGUUGAGAAGAUAGUUUCUGAAUUUCAAGAUGUGAUCCACAUGGAUUUCCUCCACUGAUUUCUGUGUUGAUAUUAAUAGACAAAUGAACUUGCAAAACAGCUUCUAUAAAUAAUAAGGGAAAGGGGAAACUAAAAUGGGUAAUAUGCCAAUCCAAGACUGCUGAACAAAACUGAAGUUGAUGGGUUUUCUUUCUGGGGUUGGAUAGAAUCUGGUUUUCUUUGUGAUGGAAUCAUCUUGCUUAAUUACA